GCUCUAACUCCCCCUGAUUGCGACGCGCAAUCAACUUCACCGAGGUUCUGCUGCCUGAAAAUGUUGUUAUGUUUUCAAAUUCACCUAGCUUUCGAGUUCAUGGGGUAAUGAACAAUAUUUGAGCUGCCUAAAGUAAACCGUUUAGGCAAGUAUGUUAUUUUAUCUAUAAGUACAUCGUAUGUUAUCGCACUCGUUUGCGAUCAAGUUCUUAUAGUACUGCUACGCGAUCUCACAAUUUAACUAUCGCUGGUAUACUCCACUCUCUCUGUAUUCGAAGCUCGCUAAUCUGCUUUGACUAUCAUUAUGGAUGACGAAGUUGCUGCCGUUGUUAUUGAUAAUGGUUCCGGAAUGUGCAAAGCUGGCUUUGCUGGCGAUGAUGCUCCCCGGGCCGUUUUUCCUUCCCUUACUGGUCGUCCCCGUCACCAUGGAAUUAUGCUUGGCAUGGGCCAAAAAGACUCUUACGUCGGAGAUGAAGCACAGUCUAAACGGGGUGUCCUUUCGCUCCAUUACCCGAUUGAGCACGGCAUCGUUAACAACUGGGAUGACAUGGAAAAAAUAUGGCAUCACACCUAUUUUAACGAGCUCCGUGUGGCACCCGAAGAACACCCCGUUCUGCUGACAGAGGCUCCCAUCAAUCCUAAAUCUAACCGGGAAAAGAUGACUCAGAUCAUGUUUGAAACCUUCAAUGUGCCAGCCUUCUAUGUCUCUAUCCAGGCUGUGUUGUCUCUGUAUGCCUCUGGCCGCACUACUGGUAUUGUCCUCGAUUCCGGAGAUGGUGUCACGCAUGUGGUUCCGAUCUACGAAGGUUUCUCUAUGCCACACGCCAUCGCUCGCAUGGACUUGGCUGGCCGUGACUUGACAGACUACUUGGCGAGGAUCUUAGCAGAGCGCGGCCAUAGCUUCACCACAUCUGCCGAGCACGAGAUAGUGCGCGAUAUCAAAGAGAAACUCUGUUAUGUAGCGCUUGACUUUGAACAGGAGCUCCAAACCGCCGCUCAGAGUUCCAGUAUCGAGAAAUCCUACGAGCUGCCGGAUGGACAAGUGAUCACGAUCGGCAAUGAGCGCUUCCGGGCACCCGAAGCUUUGUUUCAGCCAAGCUUGCUUGGUAUUGAGCAAGGCGGUAUUCAUGAGACUAUAUUUAACUCGAUUCAGAAAUGCGAUGUCGAUGUGCGCAAGGAGUUGUAUGGUAAUAUCGUCAUGUCUGGCGGUACUACUCUUUAUCCGGGAAUUGCAGACCGUUUGCAUAAAGAGCUUGUGAACCUGUCUCCUUCGUCGAUGAAAAUCAAGACCAUUGCUUCGCCGGAAAGGAAGUACUCGGUUUGGAUCGGUGGCUCGAUUCUUACUUCGCUCUCGACUUUCCAGCAAAUGUGGAUUACGAAACAGGAGUAUGACGAGAGCGGUCCUUCUAUUGUGCAUCGUAAAUGUUUCUAGGUAGCUAUACGAUGGUUAUUGUGGCAUGGGAGGCUAGGGGGAAUCGAGUCCAUAUCAACGAUAGUUGCGUCAACAAUAGGUCAAUGUAAUGCGUUCAUUCAUAUCAAGUAGAUAUGGAAAUUUA